GUCGUCAGUGGAUGCCAUACACAGAAACAUGUUGUAAAUUCUAACAGAUUUCCCAACAACGACAUGACCGAUCAAUUAACAAUGGAGACACUAGAACAACACCAUCAAGACAACAUUCCCCGUCAGCGGCGACGGUCCUCAAUCAAGCCUGAGGGAUCGGAGAGCACCACCCAGGGCCUCACUGGGCCUAACUUUCGGCGGAUGUCCCGGAUCGAACCCCGGGCUAGCGUACAGUACGGACUGGCGGGUAGACGCCCGUCCCAAGCUUCCCGCCGGACCAGUGUAUCCUGGACCUCCCAAGGAACUAAACAUAACGUCAUCCCCGUCCGACUCCAAAACACGUACCGGAUGCAGCCGGAGUCUAAGGAAAAAUUUAACCCCAGCUCGGUGGAGAAAAUGAUGAAAGGUGUGCUCGAAUCCUACUUGGAUGGUGAGGUGUAUGAACACAAAAUGUGUGCAAAUUUAGCUCAAAAUCUCUCUGACGUCAUCAAGUCACGUGUUAAAGACUUGGGUUUCCCUAGAUACAAGUUAGUGUGCAAUGUAUUAAUAGGUGAAAACGCUAACCAGGCACUGAUAAUGACCAGCAGGUGCUUGUGGAACAGUGACACUGAUAACUUUGCUCAAGCCCACUUCAGUAAGGGCAAAUUAUAUGCUAUAGCUACUGUGUUUGCUACAUAUUUUGAGUGACCAUCCUCAUAAAAUAUUACUCUUUAGUGCAAUGGAAGUGUGAAUAAUUAAAAUAAAUAAAUAUUUAUGUACCA